CAGGCUAAUAUCCCGCCCUCGGCGCUCAGUGUAUGAAGUGGAUGGAGUAUGAAUCGGAUCGCUGAUGAAUGCUAAACUUUGCCGUUUGCUGUAUAAUUAUACUUCUGUUACGGGUGUUGUGCGUCUUUUCAAAAAGAAUGAGAUUGCGUGAAGCGACGAUUAUAAGCUAGUAAAAGCUGGAGAGAUUAAUUUGGGGGAAAAAGCAGGCGUAAGAUUCACAUCAUGAGCCACACUGGAGAGAAGCUAUUCACAUGUACACAGUGUGGUAAGAGUUUCCCACAACCAUCACACCUUAAUAAACACAUGAGGAUCCACACUGGAGAGAAACCAUACACAUGUACCCAGUGUGGUAAGAGUUUCACGCAGUCAUCAAACCUUAAUCAACACAUGAAGAUCCACACUGGAGAGAAAUCAUUCACAUGUACCUGGUGUGGAAAGAGUUUCAAAAUAUCAUCAUACCUUAAUAAACACAUGAGGAUCCACUCUGGAGAGAAGCCAUUCACAUGUACCCAGUGUAAUAAGAGUUUCAUACGAUUAUCAAACCUUAAUGAACACAUGAGGAUGCACACUGGAGAGAAGCCAUUCACAUGUACCCAGUGUGGUAAGAGUUUCACACAAUCAUCAAACCUUAAUAAACACAUGAAGAUCCACACUGGAGAGAGACCAUUCACAUGCACUCAAUGUGGGAAGAGUUUCAGAACAUCAUCACAUCUUACUCAACACAUGUUGAUCCACACUGGAGAGAAAACGCACAAAUGUGAUCAGUGCGGUAAAACAUUUAUAAGGGGUUCACUUUUGAAGGCUCAUCUAAGAGUUCAUACGAAGGAGAAACCGUAUUCGUGUUCUGUAUGCGGGAGGAGUUUUGCAGUGCAGGCAAGAUUAAGCCAACACCAGAAGAUCCACACUGGUGUGAGAGAAUAUGUCUGCUUUGGGUGUGAGAAGACUUUUACGACAGCUGGGGGUUUGAAGCGGCACCAAAGGAUUCACACUGGAGAGAAACCGUACAAGUGUUCACACUGCGGCAAGAGAUUCUUUCAUUUAGAGACACUGAAACCACAUGAGAGGACUCACACUGGAGAGAAACCAUACAGGUGUUCACACUGCGACAAGACAUUCAGACAGAUGGGAACCCUGAAAAUACAUAAGAAGAUUCACUCAGCAAUGUGCUAAAGCCUGACUUGUAUAAGUGUGACGAGACGCUCCACGAGAACGAGAUGAGAUUUUUCUACUACAUUUUUACGAAGUCUUCAAUGAUCAAAUACAUGAUUGGAAAAUAGUCUUUUCAGGAGUUCAAACUUAGCUGAAAAUUGACUAUAAAGUGUGUUUAAACAGGAGGAGUAGGAGUGGAAGUGCGGGAUUCUUCAAAACGAACAUAACUGAGGCGCAAAUCUGCUUAUUUACGGUGACUUAGGAAUCAUCUGAUAGGUGAAUCAUGUGUUUAGCUAAUGCGGGACCGGCUGUGGUCAAUCAUAAGCGUGUGAUCCUCCCGAAAUUAGUUUAUAAAUAAACUUCCCUUACUCAACUGGGUAAAAAUUAGCAUAAUGCAAAAUAAUUUAGGAGCUUUUUGUUAAAUCAGCUCGUAAUGAAUGUUAUUUUACUGCUAUUUUGAUUAAUUCUAUGCAGUAAAGGACACGAAAACACUACAGAAUACAGCCUAUGUGAAUAGAAAAGUCUUUUUAUAUAUAAUUUUAAAUGUUAGCAAACUAUUAAUACUAAUAUAUGAAUGGAGAAUAGAUUUUAAUUCAACUUAUAAAAAUUCACAAACUGCAAAACAAUUUAGGAGCUUUUAAAAGAAUUGUAAUGAAAGGUGUUUGAAAUCAGUUGAAAUCAGAAUUAAUAGCCCCCCUUUCUUUUUUAAUAUUUCCCAAAUGAUGUUGAACAGAUUCAGGAAAUUUUCACAGUAUGUCUGAUAAUAUUUUUUCUUCUGGAAAAAGUCUUAUUUGUUUUAUUUUGGCUAGUUUUUAAUUUUUUAAACAUAAUUUUAAGGUCAGUAUUAUUAGCCCCUUUAAGCUAUAUAUUUUUUCAAUAGUCUACAGAACAAACCAUCGUUAAGCAAUAAGUUGCCUAAUUACCCUAACUUUACCCUAAUUAACCUAGUUAGGCCUUUUAAUGUCACUUUAAACUGUAUAGAAGCGUCUUGAAGAAUAUCUAGUCUAAUAUUAUUUACUGUCAUCAUGGCAAAGAGAAAAUAAAUCAGUUAUUAGAGAUGAGUUAUUAACACUAUUAUGAUUAGAAAUGUUUAAAAAAAAAAUCUGCUUUCUGUUAAACAGAAAUUGGGGGAAAAAUAAACAGGGUGGCUAAUAAUUCUGACUUCAACUGUAUAUAACAUUCAUGCAAUUUUGGUGCUUGUGAUGCAGGAAGUCCGGAGAAUGGUGUGUACACCGUGAUUUUAUAUGCGAUGUAUCUAAAAAGUGGCCAUAAACGAAUAUUUUCUCAAUUCAAAGGAGUAGCAGCUUGGACCCGGAAGCAAAUAUUCCAUAUGUCACGACUUAACGAGCGGAUAUGAUGACCUUAGUGUCAUCCCACUUCAGAGUAAAACUGGAAUAAUGUGUGUGUCAUUGCUUUUCUGUAUGCCAAAUUAUUUCUCAGGAUCUACCCUGCCAGGUCAGAGGUCAUGGAGACCUCUUGAGUGAACCUGACUCUUGAAGAAUUGGAAACUGGGCUGUUUCCUGAGUCAUUUGCCAUUUUAUUUGUUAAAUCUUAGUUAAUUUCUUCGUAUGUAAGCUACCAGUUUGGAUUAAACUGCUGAGAGUACACUCAGCCUUGGGUAAGAAACAGAUUGUACUUUGAGUGUGUGUGUGUUCUAUUCCUUGGUGGAUCAUUUCACAGGUCUGGGGUCAGCUCUGAAUAGCCUAUAGUGGCUGUCUGAUGUUUGUAUGCUUGAGAUAUUGUGCACACACACAUGGAAAUGUUCAAAGUGAAAUAUAUCUAUAGUAUAAUUGUAGCUAAAGUAUAAUUAUUGUUUUGAUAUUGCAAAAAGAGCAGCCUACGGACUCAUUCGCGAGUGUUGAAGCUGGCUUCUGCUGGUGAAACUGCAAAUCUGUCUUCAAUAUAUUUUCUUUCUAAUUGAAUCUCUGACUCCGGCUCUUCUUCAUCUGACAGAUG